AUGAUUGAGGGAAUGGUGAAGGAUGGUGUUAUUGAACCUUCAUCUAGUCCAUGGUGUUCACCUGUGGUGCUGGUAAAGAAGAAGGACGGCAGCAUGAGGUUUUGUGUUGACUACCGCCGCCUGAACGACGUUACAAAGAAGGACAGCUAUCCCUUGCCAAGAAUUGAUGACACGCUGGACAUGCUUACAGGUGUAAAGUGGUUUAAUACGCUGGAUCUGAAAAGUGGCUACUGGCAGGUUAAAAUUGACCCUAAGGACAAGGAGAAAACUGCAUUCUCCACAGGAAAGGGUCUGUGGCAAUUUAAAGUCAUGCCGUUUAGAUUGUGCAAUGCUCCAGCAACGUUUGAAAGGUUGAUGAAGCUUGUACUUACCGGGCUAAUUGGAGAUGCCUGUCUGGUCUAUUUGGAUGACAUCAUCAUCGUAGGCCGAACGUUUGAGGAACACCUUCAAAAUCUGGAACGCGUGCUCAUGAAGAUCCAGAGUGCCAACCUCAAGUUGAGUCCAAAGAAGUGCUCACUAUUCAAACGGCAAGUUAGUUUUUUGGGGUAUGUAGUGUCUGAAGAAGGUAUCCGCACGGAUCCAGAGAAAAUUGUUGCUGUCGAGGAGUGGCCGGUCCCAAAAGACAAGACACAGGAAUUCAUAGUUGACACAGACGCAAGUGAUAGAGGACUUGGCAGUGUGUUGUCUCAAGGGAAUGGUGAUCAAGAGAUUGUGAUAGCGUACUUCAGCAAGUCGUUGUCAAAGCCGGAAAGGAACUAUUGUGUCACAAGACGGGAAUUGCUUGCUGUGGUAAAGUCCUUGCAGCAUUUUAGCAAAUAUCUUCUAGGGCGGAAAUUCCACUUACGAACUGACCAUGCUGCACUGAAAUGGCUAUUGCAGUUCAAAAAUCCGGAAGGACAAGUUGCGAGAUGGAUUGAACUACUGCAGGAAUACGACUUUGUGAUCGAACAUCGCAGCGGGAAAUCUCAUGGCAAUGCAGAUGCAUUCUCAAGAUGA